AUGAGGCUAGUGACCUUACUGGCACUACUGUUACUUCCUGUGGUAUGUUCAGCCUAUGAUUGGGGAGAUUUCCACAAAUUUGCGGUCAUUUUCUUCUCACUUUUGGGUACUUUUGUGGGUCUCGGAGCGAUUUUCACCGUCAUUUACUUUGCUUGCUUCAAACGGUUUCUGGAGGGCUUUCAGGAAGAGGUAAGAGAAAUUUUAAAGAACUUUACACUUCUAAAUUUUUUUUUUAAAUUUCGAAUGAAAUUAAAAUAAAAAAACAGUUCGCGGCACCUAAAAAUAAGGCCAAAAAGACCUUUAAUUUUAAAAUUUAGGUAGCUGAAACCCAUAGAAUGCAUCAUCCGUGGCCAUUAGGAUCAGCACGGUGGUAUUUCCAACAAUGGUGUAAGUUAAAAAUUUUUGGACGGAGUAAACAAAUUUUUAAAAGGGUGAUAAAUUCUUUCAAAAAAUUUUUUAAUCUUUAAAAACGACCUUCUAAUCAAAAAAAAUAUUUCUGGCCUUCUCCAUAUUGUCCGAGCUAAGUUGUGGUAAUAUGUGUUCAAAUAAUUCUGAGUCCCUUAGUCUCGAAGAGUUUCUUUGAGAGAGACCUCAGAAUUAGUUGAACAACCUAAUAAAAUAUCAUAUUGAAAAGAAAUACUUUACCUUUUCAGUAAAAACCCAAAGAUCCAACGACCCGACCGGUCGAAGCGCGAAACAAACCAAAUUUUACCCUCAACCAGAGUACAUUCAAACGGCACCAGUGGUGGAUAAGACAGUACCACAGACCACGUUCUCUACCCAACGACCUUCGGGUUACAUGCCUCAGCCAAUCUACGUUGAACCGGCUGCUUUCUUCAGUCCUGGAUAUCGUAUGUUGAUACUAUGAUUAUUUUAAGUAGAUAUAGUUUAUAUUUUAUUAUAUGUACAUAUAUAGUGAGUGUAUGUUACUGUAAGUACAUAAGUAACAUAUUAUAUUGUUCAAAUAAUUAUGUGCCCUUUCAAAAUAAUUUUUGGAAAAAGGUAGUUCAUAAUUAUUUGAACAUGCUAAUACCUUGUAUGUUGCAUAUACAGCAAUAUACAAAAAGGUAUACCGUAUUAACGUAGAUACUAUAGCCAGAAAUUUACCUUGAUUUACAUGUACAUAGAAGUACGCUGAUGGCCUUAGAAGUACUCUUAUGACCUGAGAAGCACUCUAAUGGCCUUAUAAACCUAUAUAAUGUAAUACUUUUAGCCCCACCAACCCAUGGAGUUACAGAGCACUUUGAAGAGUACAAACUAGUCCGCGAAGAAAGUACAGUUUCCCAAAAAGGACAAGAGAAACCAGUAGUACAACAUGAAGGCCGAACUGAAGAUCGAAUCGUCCGAACAACAACCACAAAUCAUAAUCAACAAAUCCUGGCUCCUUCUUCAAGCACUUUUAUUUGA